GAAGGAGAGUUUUGUCACUUUCCUUGUCAGUGUCGCGUUGAGGAACUCACGUGUCAAGAUGGCGUCAGCGUGAUCAAAGAUGGCUGCGGUUGCUGCUUCAUGUGCGCCCGACAGAUGGGGGACAUGUGCUCCGUCAGGGACCUCUGCGACACUGCCAAGAACUUGUACUGUGACAGAAAGGACAACAACUCUACGGGGCUAUGUAAAGGUAAAGACAAGAAUCCUUGCCUGGUCGAUGGAGUCGCGUACAAUGACGGGGAGAAGUUCCAGCCGGAGUGCUCGCAGCUGUGCACGUGUCAGAACGGCUUCUACGGCUGCAUCAACACGUGCCCUCAGGAAUUGCAGAAGCCGUCAGAGCUGACGUGUCAUGAGCCCAAGCUGAUCCAGGUGAAGAACAAAUGCUGCAAGGAAUGGUCCUGUCAGAAGAUGGAAGCCUCGGGGAUGGCUGGGCUGGCACAAGACAGGGGCCUACACAGCGAUAAUCUCAUCCUACAGAACCCCAUGUGGUGUGAUUUUUCAAUUUUAAUAGUUCCGAAAUGUGAAAAUGUUUUUCUAGAUCAAACAUCUACGUCAGCUUUACUGGAAGAGCCGGCCUACUCGACAGCUUCCUCUUUCCAAGCCUGCUAUAAGAAAACCACAGACUGGACGCCAUGUUCAGUCACGUGUGACGUGGGCGUGUCCAUCAGGAUCGUCGUUGACCCCAUGACCUGCAACAGCUUCCAGGAGCUGCAACUCUGCUACCUGCGGCCGUGCGGGAUGAGCCUUGAUACCCUGGGUCGCGAGAAGUGCACGCCGACCACACGAAGCAGCAGACGCUUCCACAUCCAGUACCAGGAUUGUUUAUCGGUCAAAGAUUACAACCUGAAGUUCUGCACCAACUGCAAGAAGAACAAAUGUUGCUACCCUUACAGAUCCCGCACACGGCUGUUGGAGUUUCAGUGUUCAGAUGGCAAGAGGGAACUAUACAACUACAUGUGGUUGAAAAAGUGCCGUUGUGAGGAUACCUGCGAUCGACGACAGAACCGGCCAAAACGUAAAGGUAGCUACAUGAGAAAAGAUGAGGACGAUCAAAGAAGAAGACGACGAUACCAAUGA